CUUGUGAUAACUUACCCAAAAACAUAUGUUUGCUCUCUAAUCAUGAAAAAAAACGAGCUAAAGUAUUUUUGCUCAGCAAAAUCAUGUGGUAAACCGGUGUGUGCCAACUGUGUUGUAGAAGGACACAAUGAUCAUGAAUAUAAGCCUCUGAAGGAAGAAUAUGAAAAACGCAAGAAAUAUAUGAGAAGUAGUUACCAAGCAGCUCAUGAAAAGAUUACAAGGGCAAAAAAGAUAUUGGAAACUGUAGAAAAUGAAUAUGCAUCAAUUUCAGACAGUAACAGUAAAGGCAGAGAAAAUCUGACUGCAGAAGCAGAUAGAGGCGUUCAAUAUAUUCGAGAAUAUGAAAAUAAUGUGAACCUUGAAACAAAUGAAAUUUUACAAAAUAUUCUGAGCAGACUAGCAAAGAAAAAGGAGCAGCUACAAUGUUUUAUUGAAAAUGCAACAGAAUGCUGUGGUAUUUCAGAGGAAGCUUUGACAGGAAGUGAUGUCAUUGCAUUUUUAUCGGUUGAAAAGACUUUGACAGAAAAAUUGAAUUCCUUUGAGAAAUCUGAAGUUGAUGCACCCUUAGAUCCAAUUCCAAAAGAAGAUAUAGAUCUUCAAAGUUCAACUACAGAACUCGAGGAAAGAAUUAACAAAAUGAUUUCAGAUGGUGGUGAAGUCAGCAAAAAGCCAAGCAUCUUUUCAUAUAAAGGAUUAUGGAAUUUUUUAUGGGGUCGAAAUGAAAAACCUGAAAGGGCAUCUUGUUUUCAAGUAUUUCUCUCUAUGGCUGCAUUGUUUUCCUUAUAUGGAUUAAUACUGUUGAAGCUUCAUCCUAUUCCAUAUUCAAGAAUUUUUGAAACCGAUGAUUCCUAUUCAGCAAUCCUCAAUAGUCAGACGUCCCUAAUGUGUUAUUCAGCAGACAGAAGAAUGGUAUCAAAUAAUCCAUUUGAAAACAUAAGACAGAUUUGUUGUACUGAACAAAGUUCUUACGUAUAUAAGGGAGCUUUUACUAAUAGAACUUUUUUGUAUAAAAAAGGCGAAUCUGUUAUUGUUCAAAUACAGGUACGUGAUAUCAAAAGAUACCUGCCUGGGUUAAUUUUGUUUGAGUUUGGAAUUUCAAAGGGCUCCAUUAAUAGAAAAAAUCUUCUUGGUUUUCCCACACAAAAUCUUUAUGGAUGGUUUUUAAAAAUAAUAAACAUAAAUCGAGAAUUUGCGUUAAUAAACACAGAAGGACAGAUUGUAUACUCAAAUAUUUUUUCAGUGCUUGAUAAAGGCACAUUUACCUUUAGUAUCCAGCUGAACCCAAAUAAAACAAUUACUUUGAAAUCUCUCUACGAAAGUCUGAAAACCAAAAAAGUUUUGGAUGAAACAAGAUCAGUUAAAGGUAUACCAAAAAGGGGAUUUAUGAAGGUAUGUGAUUCACACGAUGCCCAUGUGACCAUUAAAAUCAUGAACAACAGCGUAGCUUUCAAUAAAUCCACACUCUACCCCGACGUGUAUAUUUCUCCCAACAACAAAACCAUUUCUAACACAAAGCUUUCUUCUUUUAGUGGUAGUGAAAUAGAAGGAAGUUUAUAUCAAGAUAUUAUGCUCCUGAACUGUAGGUCUGAAUGCAUUUAUGUUUUUAAUUUUCGAGUAAAUUCUCCUAAGAAUAUGCUGAUUUUUUCAUUGGUACUCACAAAUUCUAAGUUUUUGCCUACAGCAUAUUAUAAUGUGACGUUGCUUUCUUAUGGACAGUGUUCCGUUUCAAAAGUUGUGACAUCUCAAUCAUAUUGUAUAUCUGCGUAUAAAAAAACACAUUCUGGGCUGUAUUCAAUAUCUACAGUAGAAAUUCUUCCAGACGAAUGGCAUUCAUUGAUAAUUACGGUUCAAAGAAAAUAUCAAACAACAACAUUUCGUGUAGGUGCAAUGGAUAUUGAAUUGCAAAAUGGUUUUAUAUUUGAAAAAGAAACUCCUAUUUUACGUUGGGCUAUGCAAAGUACAGAAGAUGUUGUGGAUAUACGUCUAGGAAAUAGUGAUGAAUUUGAUAUAUAUACUUGGCUGUUCUAUAAAAUGUUACCAAUGUUUCUUUUUAUUCAAAGGCAUGUAAUCUUGGUAAUAAGCAUUACUCUUGUCGUAUGUUAUCAUGAUAAAUGUUAUCAACUUUUAAUUGAAAUUAUUCAAUAUGUUAAGAAUGAUUAUGUCCACCAGAAUAGUAUUGCUGACAACAUUUUUACUGCAGAACAAAUAGAAAGAAGGCGUAGGGUUAAAGGUCUGAGAAUUCAUUGAAGUCAUGCACAAUGCAGUAGGGAUGUUACAUGCUUAUGUAUGUAAGGGCCGAUUCAAACUUAUAAGUCAGUUCAGAUUAACUUAAGAGGAAUAUUCUAAAACUAAACUAUAUCUGAAUUAGCAUUUAAUUAAAUAUAUUGAAGUCAUAAUUUCACCAGUUACAUCAGGUAUUAUAUGCAUAAGAUGAAUUGGAAAAAAAAUGUUCACAAUUAAGUGUUCAAAGGCAACUGGUAUUCAAUUUCUAAGGUACAUGUAACUAAUUACCAGUAUGGAUUGGCCUAAUUAUGAUAUAAAGAUAAGAUAAAGUAUGUGUAUUUGAUUAAUUUUGUACAAUUUGAAACAAUUUUAACAAAUAACCUUUCUUCUUCUGUUGUAUGUAUUUGUGUACUUGUAAAUUUC